AUGAAUUACCCGCGCUUCACAGGCUACGCUGGUCAGAUGUGCCUCGUAUGUCAGAACUUUCAGCCUGGCAUGGCUCUUUUCGCCGAAUCGUAUGAGCAGAGGCUACUGAGAGUUGGACCUGGUAACGGAUAUUUGACCGCCGAUGUCUGGCGAGUCCGGCUGGAACAGCGGAUCAAUAUUGCUGAAGUGCGUCGGGUGAUUUUCGGAAGAAAUAACUGGCCCACGAUAGAUGAGCUGAUUACCUUCCAUGGACUGUGCUGGCUUGAUCACGUGCUCCCUAUGCCUGUCUUCGAACAGCUUUUGCGCACAACCACGCGGAAGUUUUCCGGCAACCUGGCAACGAGUGAACUUGGGCUCGGUACUUGUAAGACGUCGCUGAAGUACAGAACUCCGUCGUCUGAAACGUGGCAGUUUGUAGCAGAUGAGCUCGAAAAAAUCCUUGGACCUCAGGACCUAUGCAACCACGGUAUCAACGGUCGACAGGAUUUGUCAUCACACUAUCCAUUAGCGUGA